AUGGCUACAACCAAGGGCAAGACGUGUCUAGGAGCUUAUCUCUGCUUGUAUGAGCCGUGCGAGUCGGUCAAUGACCUCGACGUGGUGGAACAUUACAACCAAUCCAAGAGUCGUGAGGCGUUUGAUGUGAGAGACAUCGUGGAUAUCUUGCGUCAUAUGGACCACCAAACUCACAUUGACAUUCUCCGAGAAUCCUUGGCCCAAGCUGAGGACAAGGACAGUCCCCAGCCAGAUCGAGAAGCGUAUCUCCGAACGAAGAUACGCCAGGAGCUUCGAAAAUACUUCUUUCCGGCUAUUUAUCGUCUUCACGGUGACACUGAAUUCCACAGCCACAGCACGAUCGAAGAGCUCGUGGAAGUCACCCUUCAGAUAUCUGCAGGGAUUAACACGACGUGGUAUCCUGAUAACCGUUAUCCCUUGGUUCUCAGGAAGUUUGGAAAGGCCCCAAGCCCACCUCAUCUAGAGACCUUUCAUCAGUUUACACAGCUUAGCGCCGAAGUCAGAGCUAUGAUCUGGGAGUAUGCGGUGACAGGUCAGAAUCGAGUCGUGAGUACGUACCGUUUGCGCAAAGUUACUCGAGCCCCUUGUCCUGUCCUAUUCCUUGUUUGCAAGGAGGCCUUGUUCUGGGCAAUCAAGAAGUACAAGAGAGUCAGGAACGGAGAUCUCCUCUAUGGCAGUAUCAUGCCGGGCUAUUUCAAGGCCACUGGACCGGUCAUCUCGUUCGAGGACGACAUUGUGAACAUCGGCGACUGGGACGCCUGGAACAACAACAAGGGAUCGAAAUGCUAUGUCACAGAUAUAUACAAUAGAAGAGCUGCAGGUCAGGGCCUCCAGCAGAUCCACCAACGCAUCGAGAAACUGAGCAAAAUCGGCUUCCGCCGGGUUGUCGUUGACAAAAACACCCAUGUGCACCCCGAGAUGUUGUUCUACAAGAACUCACGCAAGAUCCUCACGACCUUCAAAAACCUCAACAACCUACGGAGCGAUUGGUGUUGGAAAUGGACCGACAAGAUUGAAGAGAUUUGGCAAUCGGAUGAAAUCCUCAAUCGGGUCGACAGCACUUGCAGGACGCAUUUUGUCCGGAUCUUCCCCCCUCUCCCCGGUAAUGAGUGCCAGUGCUCUCUCUGCCUCCGAGCCGAUCUCAACAUCGGGGUCAAAGUGCUGCCUUACAAUAAGCCAGAGCCUGGUGACAUUGAAGAGCACGAGAGAAUCUUCAACAGGGUCGAGCCUCAUCGGUUCUGGAAUGGAACAGGCCUUGGUAGAGACUCACCGUUCCACCACUUUCUUGCGCAGUGAAGCCUGGGUGUGCAAGAUUUCCUUUGCAUCGGCCGUGCGACGGGAUGCGUAGAUAUCUAUCCACUGGAUAGCAUAUUAAUAGUAGAUGGGUUAAAAGCAUCGGCUUAUACCCGACAGGAUUCUUUCCC